AAGGUGCAGAGUUGGCUCCAGCAGCAACGGGCACAGCAGGAGCAGAUGCAACCAUAGAAGGAGGAGAAAGCAGAGUGGUUUUUUCAGCGGCUGCAGGGGAUUUGGCAGGGGUGUCAGCACAGCAGUGUGCCACAGCAGCAGUGCAGCUGCUACCGAGUUGCGCCUUCCUCUGGUGCAACCUUGCCCACGCCGCCACGCGCUCAGGCCGUUGGAAGCAGGCGGCUAAGUGCAUGUCCCAGGGCUCGUUGUUUGUUAUGAUGCUAAGCCUGCCCCUCGUCGGUGCAAUGCAGGCUCUGAAGCUGCAGCCGGCCAGUGCGCCUCUGCGCUUCGCAGCAGCAGCCCACCGCAUCGCCACUGCUGCCGCUGCCCCUCUGCCCCUGGCCCUCGCCUCCCAGCACAUCCGCUGCGGCGUUGCAGAGAUGGCAGAUGCGAUGGGACUCCCGGAACUGACGUAUGGCUCCAACGGCGUCCCCACAUUUUCACGUGAUGGUGCUUCUGCCAUCAUUUUUGGAACUGGUGCUGGUGCUGGUGCUGGUCCUGGUGCCGCUGGUGCUGGUACUAAUGUUGCAAGUGCUGGUGCUGCUGGUGCUUUUGGUGGUGGCCAUGGUGGAAAUGGCAAGAGCGUUUUGAGCCAUGUGCCUGAGUGGAUGGUGUGGGACGUGGUGGGGCAUGCGCAUGCAGCCCUUGAACGGAGAGCUUUCCAGGAGAUUGUGACUAAAACGGGGGCGUUUGUGGUGGAAGAGGGGCCGCUGUUGACUGUAACUGGGUGUUCUGAUGGAGGGAGUGCACAGGAGGGGUUGGGGGGUGAGGAGGAGAUGGUGGAGGGGGGGGAGAAUGGAAAUCGGUUAAUGGCGCUGGUUGGUGCAGUAUCAUGGGGUGUGGGUGGGGAUGGAGAGGAGGACGAGGAGAAGAGGUGCAAAGAAGAGGAGGAGGAGGAGGGUUUUGGGAGCGGGGAUGGGAGUGGGCGUGGGGAGGUGGUGAAUGAGGAGCUGGCAUGUGCGGUGGUGCAAGCAGAGGAGCUGAAGAUCGCAGCGUGGAAGAAGCAGUCUCUGAUGGCAGCAGCAGGGGCGGGAACCGGAGCCCAUCAGCUGGGCGUGCAUGCACUGCACUCUGCCAUUCACUCGCUUGCUUCUGACAUGGGAGAUGGCACCACAAUGGGGGGUGCUGCUGCGGACAUCAGAGAUGCUAAUGGUGCAGUUGAGCUGUCUUCCACGGGCUACUUUGCAGCAGCUCACUCGCACUUCCUGAGAGCUCUCUCACGCCACCAGCAAUCGACAGCCACGUGGAGUUCCCUAGGCCUCUGCCUACAGCUUUCUGGCCGUCUUGACGAAUCCGAGGCAGCGUAUACCCGCGCGCUGCACUGCCCAUCGUCGCUGCCUCCUUGCCCUUCCACCGACCCAUCUUCUUCUCCUUCCUCUUCUCCUCCUCCUCUACCUCCUUCUCCUCCUGCGUCUGCAUCCCAUGUGACCUGGUGCAACCUCUCUCUGCUUCUGCGAGCCCAAGGCCGUCUCUCUGCUGCCCUCUCAGCUGCACACAACGCCCUCCUCCUCGCCCCCAUGCACGGCCCCUCCCUCUGCAGCUUCGCCCUGCUCUCUGCCGCCGCUGGCCGCUGGAACGACGCUGUGGACGCAUUUCAGCGCGCGAGUGAGGUGUUUAGAGGAGUACAGGGAGGCGUGGAGAGAGGGGAGGUGGUGGGGGAGGAUGGGGGGGUGAUGGAGGGACGGGGUGAGAUGGGAGAGGGGUGUGGGUCUGGUGUUGGUGAGGUGGUGGGAGUGGGUGAGGCGGUGAGAGAGGCUGUGAGGGUGAAUCUGCAGGUGGCCUUGAAAUGGCAAGCACGGGCAGAGGAGGAAAGGCAGAAGGUCGAGAAGAAAAAGCAGGAGAGGAAGGAGAGGGAGAGGCGAAAGGCUGAGAGAUCAGCAAGGAAGGAAGCGAAGCGGGUGCGAAAGCAGGAGAGGGUGGAACGGCGGGCGAAGAAGGAGCAGGAGAGGAGAGAAAGGGCGGAGAAGCGUGAGGCGAGGAAGAUGCAGAGAGAGCAGAGGAGGCAUGAGCAAGAAGCGCUGCUGCGCAGCAAACAGGAGCAGCAAAAGCUUCAGCCUGCGGCUCAUUCUGAGCCUCUUGACUCUUUGCGUGACUCUCCUGCUGCCACUCCUGCUGUCGUUCCUGCAGCUGUGCCCUCUCCAGCUGCUUCCCCUGCUGCUUCUCCAGCUGCUGCGGCAGCUGCAGCCUCGGCUGCUGCUGUUCCCAAGGCAGCGCUUAUGGAUCUCAAUGAGAUGUGCGAUGAUGAAGCAGACGCUCCCUCCUUGGGUGCUGCUGAAUCAGCUGCCCGUGGUGCUGAGAAUCCCAGGAAUGAUGACGGUGCUGCUGCGACCUUGCGUUCGCCAGAGGAGCAAGGAGCAGCUGCGGCAGUCAGGGGCGAAUCAGCUGGGGGGGUCCACCAAAUCGCUGCUCCCAAAGCAGCGUCUCAGAGCAAGGACUACCAGUCCUUUGCACACAACGUUGCAGCGUCUGGAUUCUCGUGGGAGGUGUUCAAGCUCCCACGACCUGCGAAUGGGCGGAAUGAGAUGGCUGGACCAGCGGCAGAGAGGGCGUCUCAAUAUGCGGCUGGUGAGAUCCCUGCUGCUGCUGCUGCUGCUGCUGCUGCUGCUCCUGGUGGUGGUGCUGGUGCUGCUGCUACGAAUGGCAACAUGCGACAUGGCGGGGGCGUUCCUGGUGAAGCACUUGCAAGUGGUCCUAGCAAGGGGAAUGCGUUUGCUGGUGCGAACGGUUUUUAUGGAAGUGGUGGUAAUGCAGCAGCUGGCCAGGGGGGUGGACUGAGGUCACAACAACCAGAGGCUAUGGUAUCAGAGCAUGCUGCUGAGCGUGCAGUGAAUGGAUUCCAUGUGGCGCCACGCAGUGCAGGAGGCAGGGACACAGGGUCGGAUCGGAAUCGACUUCCGGACCUCAAUGAUUGGCUGACAGCAUCUUGA